AUGGAAGACGACGAUUUGGCACAGAUCAGAAAGGCGCGCCUUGAGCAACUGAAAGCACAAGGAGGAGGAGGUGGUGGCAGCAGCGGGGGUGGACAAGAGCAGAAGCAACAGCAAGAAUCAGAAGCGCGUCAAUCCAUCCUCUCUCAGAUCCUCGAGCCCGAAGCAGCAGACCGACUCGGACGUAUCCGACUUGUCAAGGAAUCCCGCGCGCAAGAUGUUGAGAAUAGGUUGAUUAUGCUAGCAAGGAGCGGCCAACUACGGUCGAAGGUCACAGAGACGCAGUUGAAGGAGCUGCUAGGCGCUGUUGCGGAGACCAAAGAAGAAGAGAAGAUUGUGGUCAGUCGGAGAAAGGGUGGAUGGGACGACGAUGACGAUGAUUUGUUUGCCGAUCUAUAA